UGUCUGUUACAGUUUCUUCCUGGAAUGUCACGCUGCCCUUUAGGAGAGUUUGGUAGGGUUGGAAAAGAAGUAGGCCAAAAAUGAGUAAAGUAAAGAUUUUUAAUUGUACUAAAAGGCUUUUUUCGUUCAUUUCUAAAGAUAGUUCAGUGCUGUCGACAGGCACACUUUGCCUGUUAAAAAAAGCGAUUCAUUGUGGGUACACCAAACCGGUUCAAAAUGAACAGGCAGUGGGAGCUGUGUCUGGUUGCGAAUCCGUGGUAAAGAGGUUCUUCACGGACUGUCACAGAGACGCAAAGGCUUCUAACCCAGAGAGUCCCGCAGUGUGGGGAAGCACACAAUAUCCACGGGAAACGGUGGCAGUGGAUUCGGGGACAGAACAUGACGGAACGCUCGGAGUUGCCGCUGCGCUUUUGUGUCUUCACCAUGGGUUUGGUCCAAACUCCAGCCCUGUGUUUAACAUUGAUAUUUUGGUGACUCUCUUACGGCAAGAGAAUGCCAAAGACAUUUGUGUGAUCAAAGUACCGGAAGAAAUGAAGUAUACAGAUUACUUUGUUGUGGUAAGCGGUUCAUCGGCGAGACAUCUAAGCGCUAUGGCACACUAUGCAGUAAAAGUGUACAAGCACACAAAGAGAGAAGGUGACCCCCAUGUUCAGAUUGAAGGAAAGGAUGCAGAAGACUGGGUGUGCAUAGAUUUUGGGAACAUUGUGGUUCAUUUUAUGCUUCCCGAAACAAGAGAAAUCUAUGAACUGGAGAAGCUGUGGACCCUAGGUUCUUACGAUGACCAGCUAGCCAUGAUCUCUCCAGAAACACUGCCUGAAGAUUUUAUGUAUGGGCCAGUGGUGGAUUCAGAACCUGUGAAAUAAUACUGAAUUGAGCAAUCUGAAGUAAGAGCUGCACUUCAAAUGAACCAUCUGAAAAGCGCAGAGAUUAUUUCCAUGACAAGUGUGGUGUUUAACAAGACAGUCCAGUACUUCUAAGCCUUUCAUUUUUAUAUGCAGCAUUGUGAAAAAAUUACUCUGCAGCAUGUUUCUUCCUACAUGAAAGGAACAGGACAAUAGCCAACUACAAUAGUUAAGCUUAGGUAAUUCCUUGGUAAAAUUGCAAUUAUACUUUACACCUGGUUCCAGAGACCCUAAAAUUAGCAAAAAACUUUGCUAAGUUUGUCCAAGAUUAGUGCUAAUCUGGGUAUGAGAGCCAGCCAUAAGUGUAUUUAUUCAUAACUACCACUGAAGAAUUUGUUAAAUUGUUAGGUACUGAAGCCUACUUUGCAAACGACAGCUACACAGUUUUGAAUAAAUGGGUUUGUAUUGUUAUUCAGAUAAACUAAAGUAUUUUAAAUAUUUGUACAAACUGGGCUGCAGUGACAGACUUAAAAAUGAACAACAAAAAAUUGAAUACAGACACACAGAUAGGAACAGUCCAGUCUGUAUCACUAAUCCACCUGUUCCAAUGGUUUCUUCCCAACUCCGUUUCUGAAUGUGAACGAGUGCAUGAAGAAAAUCUCUGUCAUAUUGUCUGUUGUUUAGCAUAUGCAUUAUCAGAAUCAGCUGGUGGUUUUAUAAAUAAAACAAUAAUGUAGAAAGACAUUGCCAAGUCCCAUUUUGUAGAAGUAAUUAAAGAUCUAUUUGGCUGAUGCAGAAUGCUGUGAAUGUUUAUGAUUCUCCAGAACACACAUUGAUUUCCCCAGCUGGCAACCGUACUCAUGUCACACUUUAGAUUUUUGAUAGUUAAUGAGUGUAUGUAGUUUGACCCGUUCAAUCUGGGGGGGGUGUGGAGGAUAUUCAAAGGGUGCCUGUUUAUGAGGGCCGUUUUGUAAACUUGAAAUUUGUCUGUGUCUAAAGUUACAAGCGACAUGAAAAGCAACCUGUUUUUCAUCUGUUACCAAAAGUCUAUAUUUUGGGAUUGUGUGACUUUAUAACAUGUAGUUUAUGCUUGAUUAUACAUUGAUAAGAGUUGAAAGUAGGAUUGAACCUAGUUACUAUUAUUCUUUGAUUUCCCCCUUCAGCUCUUUAGUACCAUGACCCAGCAGUGCAAAGUGAAAACAAAAAGAAAGUGUGCUGGAAAUAACUCUUAAAAUGGAUGUGAUAUAGUCCCUCCAGCCAAACUUGUGUAACAGUCAAAAACAAGCUGGCAGUAGCAAAUUCAGGUUGAAGUCUGAUGGAGCAUUUGAUUUUGAAAAUUAGUACUUCGUUAAACCCAGCACCUUGUUAAUUACAAAAAAAACCUGCCUUUUGGAAGCAGUGAAGUGACAAAAAUGAAUGUUACAAUACAUGGCCUUCAAGACACUAGAUGGCGCACUAGGUGAAAGGCAUUAAAUACUUUCCUGUUGUAAUCAUGAGCCAGCAGCACUAGCGCACUCUAUUUUAGGAGUCCCUCUAUCGUUAGCUGACACAUGUUAGAGACCCAGUGAUAAGAAAGCGGCAAUAAGACACAAGCCUCUUGAUAAUAAAACUUAUCGGUUCGUUAGAGUUGUCUGCGUUUUUCCAAUGCACAUCAAAAAAGAUUGUAUAUCCUCAUGACGCAUUUGUGGCUGUGUAUUAACCUUUAUAUUAACUUAAAGCGCGUAACCAUGCUUUGUUCCAAGAAUACUGUGGGAUUUUUUUUAAAGAAAUUAGUUGUGAAGAUUGUCAUAAGCCAUGUGUAUGUGUGUGUGUGUGUAUAUAUAUAAAUUACACACAGUGUAUGUAUUGCUUCGUUGAUUCACAGGAAUGCUCUGAAUGAAGGUCGAAAUUAGGAAGGCACGACUUGAAAAAAAUCCUACGGUAUUCUUGUCAAAACAUUUAUGAAACAAAAGCACACCUACAGUCUUUUAGGACUAUUAAGGUGCUGGUUUUAACAAAGUACUAAUUUUCAAAAUAAAAUGCUCCCUCAAACUUAACCCUAAAUUUGCUACGGACAACUUUCCACUGUUACAUAAGUUUGGUCUAAGGUACUGAGUACCAUCUGUUUUAAAAGUCUUAUUUCCCCACACACAUUUUUCUUGACAUACAUUUUAAAAGAAGCACCCUACGUUUUUGAAGACUUUAAAAAAAAAAAAAAAAAAAACACAACACUGGAGACAUUUGUUUUUUAGGUAUGCAUUUUAAAAAGGUGUACCCUUUAUAUAUGAAAAUACACACUACUUUUAGGAGACACUUUGUUUUACAUACUUUUUAUUGACACUUCAGUGCCACUUUAGAAAACAAAAGUAGUUUUACAAAAGGAUGUGAAAAAACUGUUCAGUCAUGCACCCAACGGCCAGAGAACACUUUCAUUCAUCCGCUUAUCCAAUUAUGACUAAACUUAAAUACAUUUCUGUAGCACACAUUCAGCACAUCAUAAUCUGGGGGUAUAUAGUGGUAUAUGUACAGUUUGUGCAUGUGAAUUCAGUGCAUGUACUUUUUCAUGUUAUCAAUUGCUCUAACUUUGUACAAGUUCUUAUACAUGCUUGUUUUGUUCGUAUUUGGGGGGGAAGAAAAUCUCCCUUCAUAUAUAUUUAUAUUCUCUCUCAUAUACCCCCACACACAGCCUUUGACAAGAAUUUUAAUCCCUUGGCCAUUUUUUUUUGCUUGUGCAAGCAACAGCACCUUCUGCUGCUUCAGAUCCAGAUGCAAGUCUACAGUCUUCCAUACAGCUUUGACUUUUGAAAGUUUUUUUUUUUUUAAGUAUGUAACCAAACACAUACGAAGACACCACCUGGAAAUAUGAACAUGCAGCUGAAAUGGUUGAGACACCGGUAGCAGAUCUUAAAACUGGGGGAGAAAACACGUGUGUAAGAAAUACAUGAACUUAAAAUCAGAUCAUAGAAGACAAACUAUUUAACCUGAAUCUGAACUGCCUCGAAAGAAAUCGAAGUAAUCAUUUCAUUUUUGAUUAAGUUCACCUUCUAAUAGUGCUCUUAUACUCCUUAUAAAAAGAGUUUGAUGGUGUGUGAGGGGUGGAUCCUUCCACCCCCCCCCCCCCCCCC